AUGAUGAAGAAUUUUUUACGUGAAAUAUCCGAAGAAUCUAAUGAAUACAGACAACAAGCAAUGAGAAUAGAAAAUAUGUCUCGAGAACUAACAAAUAAAUAUCGGGAAUUAGAAUAUUCGGCCCAUAAUAGAAUUUCUCAAUCAGAAAGACCAGUUUCUGCAACAAAACGUACAUCAAAUGUUGUAAUAUCACGUGUUGUACAAAAACAGCCUCAAAGACUUACAUCAAGAUCACUUUCCAUGGAUUAUAUGAAUACAAAACGCACUCCAAGUACCGCUAGAAGACCUAAUUUUAUGAUCACUCAAAGAACUGUUGUUCAUAAAAAAGAAAAUCCAGUACCUAAAACCUCAAGAUCUCAAGGAAAAGCAAUUUUUGAUUUAGAUGCAAUUCCGGAUCCAAAAGCUAACCAAAGAGUUAGAACAGCUCUUAAUCAACCAGAUAGAUUUAGAGAUAUUUAA